ACCCACGUUCAGCCCUCAUUCACCCAACCCCUUCCCCCAACCCAAGCCCCCAAAUCGUGAAUCACUCCCUCUGAACUCUGAAGCAAAGUUCAAAAUCACCCAACCAAAACCCUAGGUUCUCCCUGCAACGAUUCUGCCGCAGUGCCGCCGCCGUCCGUGCUGUCGGGGCCUCCGCGUCCUCUCUUGUAGCUCGGCGUCCUCCUUCCCCCUGUCUCCGUCCUCCCUGGCUUCUCUCGAACUUGGAGCAGCUCGCCGCCGUGUCGCCGGUCGCCGACGUCUCGCCGGUCGCCGUUCGUGUCUCCAUUGAAGAACUGAGAAGGAAAAUGGCAAUCUGAACCAGCAAAAGGAUUUCCGCAGCGUCAGCGCGUGCUCACACUCGCAGGAACAAGAAAUUAACUUUUUCUUCCCUCUUUCUGCACUCGUUCAUUGUAUAAAGAGCAACUUGUGAAGCUUUGAUCCUCCGAUCCGUCGUGGUAGGCGAUGCUCUUUGCAGCUGUCUCUCUAACCUCAUCGCAUCUUAUAGCAGAGUACGCUAAACAAGCUAUGCAAUAGCAACAAUAAACCUUCAAUCAUGUUCGCACCGAAAACCCCAAUCCCACUUCAUCUUCCUCCUUCCCACCCAUCGCAACACUAACAACAACAGUCAAACACAACCCCAACAAAGAGAUUUUUUUAUGCCCUCCAUGUUCAACGGAAUCUACAACAUAAUCUCGCAAUGCCUGAGUUCCAGCACCAUUACCCUUUCCCACGCGCGUCAAGCCCACGCGCACAUUCUCAAGCUCGACCUCUACGGCGACACCUACAUCGCCACAAGGCUUCUCUCUCACUACGCCAACAAUCUCUGCUUUUCACAAGUCACAAACCUCGUACUCCAUUUCUUCCCCAAUCCAACCCUCCCUUCCUUCACCAGUAUCAUCAACGCCUUCGCCAGGUCCCACCAAUACGACGCCGUUCUCCGCCUCUUCUCCCUCAUGGGUCAUAAGGGUCUUGCCCCUGAUGGGUUCCUUCUUCCGAGUGCAAUCAAAGCCUGUGCUGCGUUGCAAGCCUUGAAGCCCGGGCUGCAGUUUCAUGGGUAUGCUUUUGCGUCUGGUUAUGCCUUGGAUUCAAUUUUGGCGUCUUCUCUGGUGCAUAUGUAUCUGAAGUGUGAUAGUAUUGGGGAUGCCCAUCGACUGUUUGAUGAAAUGCCUGAGAGGGAUGUUGUCGUUUGGAGCGCGAUUAUCGCGGGUUACUCACGACGUGGGAUGGUUGAGAGGGCCAAGGAGAUGUUUAGUGAGAUGAGGAGUGAGGGGGUGGAGCCCAAUUUGGUAUCGUGGAAUGGGAUGCUUGCUGGGUUCAGCAAUGCAGGGUGGCAUGUUGAGGCUGUGGAGUUGUUCAAGACAGUGCUGAACGAAGGUUUUUUGCCUGAUGGGUCAACCGUAUCAUGUGUGCUUCCUGCUUUGGGGCAGUUGGAGGAUGGAGUGGCUGCAAAACAGGUUCAUGGUUAUGUGAUCAAACAGGGAUUGGGAUCGGAUAGGUUUGUGGUCAGUGCGCUGCUUGAUAUAUAUGGGAAGUGUGGAUGCAUACAGGGGAUGUUGAAGGUGUUUGAUGAGGUCGAUCAGAGGGAAGUUGGUUCUUUGAAUGCUUUUCUAAAUGGGUUGUCGCAAAAUGGUUUGAUUGACACUGCAUUGGAGGUGUUCAGGAAGUUCCUUGAUGAAGGAGUUGAAUUGAAUGUUGUGACAUGGACCUCUAUGAUAUCCAGCUGUGUGCAGAAUGGGAAGGACAUGGAAGCUUUGGAGCUUUUUAGAGAGAUGCAGGCUCAUGGAGUGGAGCCUAAUGCUGUAACGAUACCAAGCUUGAUUCCUGCAUGUGGAAAUAUUUCAGCAUUGAAGCAUGGGAAGCAAACCCAUUGCUUUUCUCUCAGGAAGGGGAUAUUUGAUGAUGUUUAUGUAGGUAGUGCAUUGAUAGAUAUGUAUGCGAAGUGUGGAAGAAUCCAGUUAUCUCGGCUUUGUUUUGAUAAAAUGUUGGAUCCAAAUUUGGUUUCUUGGAAUGCAGUAUUGAAAGGAUAUGCAAUGCAUGGGAAGGCUAAGCAAACAAUAGAGAUGUUUCGAAUUAUGCAAGAGAGUGGCAUGGAGCCUGAUGAGAUUUCCUACACGUGUGUGUUAUACGCAUGCGCCCAAAAUGGCUUAACUGAAGAAGGGUGGCAAUAUUUCAAUAGCUUAUCAAAAGAGCAUGCCAUUGAAACUAAAACGGAACACUAUGCUUGCAUGGUGAUACCUCUUAGUCGUGCAGGGAAACUUGAAGAAGCUUAUUCUCUCAUCAAGGAAAUGCCAUUAGAACCUGAUGCUUGCAUCUGGGGAGCCUUACUAAGUUCCUGUAGAGUUCACCAUAAUUUGAGUUUAGGCGAGAUUGCUGCAGAAAAGCUUUUCCUGUUAGAACCCGAUAACCCGGGGAACUACAUUCUUCUGUCCAACAUCUAUGCUUCAAAGGGCAUGUGGGAUGAAGUAGACAGAAUUCGUGAUGUGAUGAAGAGUAAGGGUUUGAGGAAAAAUCCUGGCUGCAGUUGGAUUGAGAUUGGAAACAAAGUACACACGCUUGUUGCUGGUGACAAGUCGCACCCACAAAUGCAAGAGAUAUUGGAGAAAUUGGAAAAGUUGAGUGUUGAGAUGAAGAAAUGUGGUCACCUUCCUAAGACUGGACUUGUUCUGCACGAUGUGGAGGAACAAGAGAAGGAGCAGAUAUUGUGUGGGCACAGUGAGAAGUUGGCAGUAGUAUUAGGACUACUCAACAUGAGUCCGGGGCAGCCUCUUCAAGUGAUUAAGAACCUGAGAAUCUGCGGUGACUGCCAUUCCGCUAUAAAAUUUAUUAGUAGUUUGGAAGGGAGAGAAAUUUUUGUGAGAGACACAAAUCGUUUUCACCAUUUCAAGGAUGGUAUUUGCUCUUGUGGAGAUUAUUGGUAAUUUCUCAUGAACUUCAUUUCUAGAGACAUCACGUUUCUGCCAAACACAGAAUACACUAAUCAAGAUUAUUUUUGUAUACAUUUGAUGCGAUGGAGUGUCAAGUUGAGAGCAAUGGAUGUGCAUUGUCAUUUUAGCAAUUGGCAGUUAGAUCUUAGUUAGCUGUUAGCUGUCCCCAGUGGGUUUCAGUUUGACAAAUAAACAUUUCUGUUCAGUCCCUUGUUCCGUUAACGGAGAUCUUCUGUCAGCCGCAUGAUCUAGAUUAAGGCGAUGGUGGUCCAUAUCAGCAGAUUUUCCUUUUUAGUUCUGUCCAUGUUGUUGGUAGUGCAUGAUUUAACAUCAAUUACGAAAUUUAAAGACAUAAAUUCGAGAUAUUGUUCCUCACAAGCUAGCCUUCACAGCCUCCAGUAUUUUUUUGUGGAGCUGACCAUGUGUUUCAUCGGUUAUAAAUAACAUUACUGUCAACUUGGGAUGGAAUUUUAUUACUAUAAAUCCUACUUUUAUUUUUGAAUUCAUCUGGGUAUGAUGAUGACACUGCAUUCUGAUCUCUAUAUUUUAUGAAGUCAACGGCAUCUUUUUUGUUUCUGCUGAAUCAAAUUGUGUAUUCUGGGCAUGGGAAUGUUGUUUUCUGCUCGACUUUAGAAGGCAUUUCAUUGCACAAGUUCGUGAUACUCAGCCCCGCUCAAGUUAUAAAGUCCGCUAACCGCAUGAUUGUAUGGUUUAAACAUCAAAUUAAUAUAGAAGGUUCAUAUAAUACUAUCUUGAUCAAUCUAUU